AUGGAUAGCAAGGGUGGGCACUCUUACCUUCGUAUUCGCCAUGCGCUGUUGAGGAUUGGCUUCAUGGAUGGAAUCACCUUGCAAGAAUGCAAGAAGGUCCUUGGCGGGUCUAUGUCUGAAAAGGUCAUUGAAGCAGAGGAUCUAUGCACAGAAAUUCGUGCCCUUUGUCAAAAGCAUGCUGUGUCUCCAGAGGCCAUGCGAGAAGUGCUCCUGUUUGAGCACGAGAUCAUCAAAGUACUGCUUGACAAGAAAGGCCAUGCUGAGAGUGUGCAGCAUUGCGCACAUGAUUUGGUGGUGAGAGUGAAGGAAGUGGACGGUCGGGAGAUCACAAACAAGUGGAAUACGAUGCGCAGCUACGACACAAAGGGAAAAUUGGUCGACGGCUCCCAGUUGGUCCUGCAAAUGGGCUUUCAGGUUGGCUGCCACAUUGUGCGGAAACAGGACGAAGUGCUGGCAAAGAUCGUGGAGUUCUCUGGUGACCUUGUGAAAUUGAACGUCACCGGUGGAAUGGAGUCCGGAAUCUUCACUGUGCACAUGCAGUCAUUUCUGAACAAGGAAUGGAAAGUCUAUACCCCAAAGAAAGAGGUAGAGUUUUGGAAGGAGCAUUGGGUGGAUCAUGGCCUACAUCAUGAUUCUUUCAGAGAGGGCAUCCUUAGGGGCAAGGUGAUGCUUGCGUUGACUGAACUUGGUCUCAAGCACCAAGACGUACUGAAGGGGCUUGAUGUUAUUUUGAAGCCCUGCAAAGGUGUUCAAGCCAAGAAGGCAUUUGCUCCUGGCAAAUGCAUCCUCGUUCCGCUGACUUUUAAGCUGACAUUUGCAGACGAAGCGAAGACCCUUCAGUCAGGAGCCGUUUCCCUUGGGCCUCUGUCCCAAAACUCAUGCGACCAGAUCAUAUGGGGGUAUUUGCUACCAUGCCAAAUUUUGCCAACUGAAGAGCGACAAGGAUUCAUUGCUCCAUUUUGGAGUGUUGCAUGCUCUUCAGAAAAAGAUGAAACCAACAUGGAGCUGGUGCCCAAGAAUCUGCCAGAUCAGUCGCAUAAGGGCUUGGAGACUGUUGCUGUGACAAUUCCUAUCAUGAAAAACUGUAGAAAGAUUGAGCCAGGUGAGAAUCUUGUUUGCUUCAAGGAGGAGAAGUCGCAGCCAGUCGAACUGCAGCCGCUAGUGCCAGAAUCGGCGCCGAAGCGGAUGAGAACCAAGGGCAAAUCGUGA